AUGAAGACCUUUUCCAAGCUCGCUGCACUUGCUGCUCUUGCAGCUUCAAUUGCCUAUGCAACCCCACACCUCAGAGACCUGCCUAUCGUUGAAUCUGUAAGGAUAUUCCGCCUAACACCAAUUGACCUCCAAAGAUGUGAAAAGAUUCACUAAACAGGUCUUAGAGUCAACUCCGUAGUGUUCUUACCCGUUCCGAGCUUCUAGCAAAAGCUCAGAUCCUCGAGGGCUUCGCAUACAACACCACCGAGCGAAACCGUGCGAUCUUUUCCCCUGGCCACAAGGCAACCUACGAAUACAUCUACAAAUUUAUCCAAGAACUGGGUGACUACUAUGAUGUUGAAUACAACGAGUUCACAGCCGAGUCCUCAAGUGGAAAAGCAAGUGUAGACGGGGUCGCAAUCGCGAGCGCCAGCCCUAUGACAUACACAGCCAGUGGCGUUGUAACUGGCAAGGUCGUUAAGGUUGCAAACCUUGGAUGUGAUGCUGUGAGUCAAUCAGGCUUUUGGUUCAUUCUUUAGUAGGUCAAUUGGCUAAUAUUGCUGUAGGCGGAUUACCCAGCAGAGGUGUCAGGCAGUGUCGCACUCAUUAUUCGAGGCACAUGCACCUUUGGCGCGAAGGCUAAACUCGCUGGACAAGCCGGUGCCAUUGGAACUAUCAUCUACAAUAAUGUUCCUGGUGCUUUUGGUGGUACUCUUGGCGGAGCUGAUGCCGAUUUCGUUCCCACUGUUGGAAUCACUGAUGUUGACGGUCUUGCUUUGGCUUCUGCCAUCGGGAACGGGACCAAGACUGCCACUCUCGAUGUCCUGGUUACCCAGCUACCAACGUAAGUUCUCGGUUCUCUAGAUGAGCCAAUGUGCAAGUACUGACAGGAAUAGAUACAACGUGAUUGCUCAAACGAAAGGUGGUGAUCAAGAGAACGUUCUCACUAUCGGUGCUCACAGCGAUUCAGUGCCAGCGGGCCCAGGAAUCAACGACAACGGUUCAGGAUCUAUCACCCUUCUCGAAAUCGCCAAACAACUCACUGCAUUCAAGACUAACAAUGCUGUUCGAUUCGGUUGGUGGUCUGCUGAAGAAGUCGGACUCGUGGGCUCCACCAGGUAUGUUGAGGGUCUUUCCCCAGAGGAACUCGCCAAGAUCAAGCUUUACCUCAACUUUGACAUGUUGGCUUCCCCCAACUACGUUUACGCCAUCUAUGAUGGUGAUGGAUCUGCUUUCAACACCAGUGGUCCACCAGGGUCUGAUGCUGCCGAGCGCUUGUUCGAAGACUAUUUCAAGAAUGACGCCAGUCUUCCAUUCGUCCCAACCGAAUUCGAUUCUCGAUCCGAUUACGCUGCUUUCGCCGCCGCUGGUAUUCCAGUUGGAGGACUCUUCACUGGUGCCGAGGUUCAGAAGACUGAGGAGGAAGCUGCUAUGUUUGGAGGACAAGCUGGUGUUUCGUACGAUGCCAACUACCACCUUGCUGGAGACAACGUUGCAAACCUCAACAUGGAUGCUUGGAUGGAAAACUCCAAGGCUGUUGCUCAUGCUGUCGCUACUUACGCAACCAGCUUUGAGAGCUUGGGCAAUGAGAACAGCAUAGUUGCGCCCGAAAGAGCUCAGUGGAGACAGAAGCUCCCAGCUGGAGAGCCAGUUGCUGCUCACCGUAUUGGUGGUUGCUCCCACUCUCAUGAUAAUGAUGUUGAGAUUUAA